CAGACGCUGCUGGUCCUUCUUUGUGCAGAAGAGGCAGGAUGAGAUCUGCGUUGGACUUUGGGGUCCUGCUUGUGACGAUGGCCGACCUGGGGGGCUUCCCUCCCCAGGUGCACAGCGCGGGGCCAACAGAGCACUUCGUCUACCAGGGGAGGAACGUGUGCCGCUACACCCCCAACGGGACCCAGCUGGAGAUCCACAUGCUGACCACCGUGGUCUGGGGCCGGCAGGACUAUGUCCGCUUCGACAGCCGCCUCGGGGAGUUCCAGGCCGUCACGCCACUGGGAGAGCCCACAGCCCGAUACUGGAACAGCCUGAAGGACUUCCUGGAGAGCAAGCGGGACGAGGUGGACCGCUUCUGCCGGCACAACUACUAUAACGACAUCCCCUUCGUCCACGGCAGGAGUGUCCAGCCCCAGGUGACGAUCAUCCCCACAGACUACGACCCCUCCUCCCUCAACACUUUGCUGGUUUGCUCCGUCACCGACUUUUACCCCCCGGAGAUCGAAAUCAAGUGGCUGAGGAACGGGAAGGAGGAAGGCGAAAGCAAAGUGGCCACCACCGACCUGAUGAGGAACGGGGACUGGACCUACCAGAUCCACAUCAUGCUGGAAACGCACUUGGAGCGCGGAGACCUCUACGCCUGCCAGGUGGAGCACUCCAGCUUAAAUGGCACCGUCAUCACCGUGCAGUGGGACCCACAAUCUGAUUCUGCCAGGAACAAGAUGUGGACGGGAGUCGUGGGGAUCGUACUGGGGCUGGUCUUUUUCCUCCCUGGACUCGUCCUCUUCCUGAAGAAUAAGAAAGGCACAGACUCUACAGAGCAAGAAGGUCCUUCCAGUGCUGGGCAUUUUCCUUAGGAAUGGGGAGGCCGGGCUCCCCCCUCCCCUGCCCCGAUCCUGCCCCUGGAACUCUUUUUGUAGCCUGUGGGAGAAUUGCCCAUCUCUUGAGACUGUCAAGGAGGCUUCCUCAGCAGGAGCCAAUGAAGAGAAGGCUCUGCCAUGGAAUUCUAUCGCAAGAAUCUUCCCAAGAGCCCCCUGCUAACUGAGCAAAGAGGCCCCUUUGGAAAAUGGUGAUCCUCUUUACUGAGCAGGGGGAGAGCAACUGGCCCUAUCCAUCCCCAGCACAGCAUCCCUCCAGUGGCUGUUGCUGGAGUCUGUCAUCAGUUUCUUUUUUUAGAUUGUGAGCCCGUGGGGACAGCGGUGUAUAAAAAUAUCAACAGCU